AAAGUUGAUGUGAAAAAAACUGGGAAAAAUUAUUUCAAUGCCGGAAAAAAUUUCUCUAAUUUAUAAUGUUAAAAAGGUGACCUGGAAAUUUAUCAGAUUUGAUACAGGAAAACCUAGGAAAAGUCAUGAAAAUUUAAAAACAGGCUUCUGUAUUAACCCUGAAAUCGUAAUUUUGGUUAUUUGCGACGUCAUGAGAUGAUUUCCUGAUUUUCAAAAUAUUGGAUACAUUACUAUUGAUGUAUUAUUUACAGACCAAUAACGCCUUUGUAACUCCUGCACUGGAAUAAUAGACUCGCUGUCGUUUUCCGGAAAAUGAGGAAGAAUUAUUCUUUCUUCAAAUUUUAUUCGGAUUUUUAACACUAAUAUCAAUUAUUUUAUAAUUCAAGGCUGUUCUUAUUUUUUACUGAUACUCAAGAAACGACUAAAAAUGAAUUAAAAUAAAAAAAGGAAAAUUUAUUUACAAUUCUGACUUCGAAUUUGGAUUCAAGGAGAAGAAAUGCAUUAAGAAUAUGUAAAAGCUAAACAAAUUUGUCUCUUUUGAAUUUAAUUCCUUUUUUUAGCAGUUUUCUUUAGAUUUUCUUAAAAUUUCCAUACAAUCUGACAAAAUUAUCAUCGAAUUCGUCUGCAGCGGGGAAAAAUACAUUGAAGUACACUAACGUCGCCAAAAAUUUGACUUUUUCUUAUUUUACUUCGUACUUUUUAUCAGAUCGCUUAGUUUAUUGCAAAAUAUUGAGCCACUUACACAAUUCUAGCUUCAAAUUUGAAUUUUUUAUUUCUCUUUUUUUAAUCGUCUUUUGACUAUAAUUCAAAAACAAGAACCAAUCAAAUAAUUCUGACUUCAGAUUUGGAUUCAGCGGAGGAAAAUAUAUGGGGAAUAUACUAGUCUAGUGUCUUGGCUAAAUCACUUUUUUGUGCUUCUGUGUAAUUAAAGCCCCUUUGAACUUUUACCAAAUAUUAGUGAAAAAACAAAUGGAAAUCGCCUCUCAAAAUAUUGCAAAUUCUCGUUUGCAAAUUAGACGUUUGGAAAUUCCUUGUAUAGAAGCUUACAAAUUUAAGCAUGAGCCUAAAGUACCCUGAAGCUUUUUACGAAGAUCAUGUGGAGAGGAUUUUGAAAUUAUCUACAUCAUUGAAUCCACAAGCAAUCAAUAAUUACUUAAUGGAAAACAGCGACGUAAUUGUUGAUGAUUAUAACAUUGUUACUCUUGCAAUUUAUCUUGUCAUCAAACGUGAUCUGCCUUUCGGUUGUCUUCAAACACUGCUUCAAACUUUCUGCGGAGAUUUAGGUAUUUUAGUUAAUGGCUAUACUCUAUUGCAAACCAUGAUAUUUUGCAAGAAAUCGUAUCAUUUCAUCAAAAAUGCAAUCGAGUGUGGUUUAUUCACUAAUGGCUUAAGUGAGUCUACAAAUGACAAAGUCCUUACAAUAUUGUGCGGUGAAACAAUAAAACUAGAUAAGAAUAAUUUGAAAAUCUUGAUUAAUAAUUUCGACUUAAUGGAGUAUCUUCUAAGCAUCGACGAGGAAUCUAGCAUUAAUGAUAUGAUUCAUUUGUCCUUUUUAUGGUUAAAAUUUGACGAUUUAAUAUCCAAACAUCCUCUGAUGAAGCAACUUCAAAAUUUAAAAGAAAAUCGAGAAAUUUUUGAAAAUUUAGUACUUACAUUGGAUAUUUUUGGAAAUAAAAAUAUUCUUGAAGGAAACGAGUACAGUAUUCGUUCUCUUUUACAUAUUAAUGCUAGACAAGUGGCGAAGAUUUUAAUUGAUGACAACUUCAGAGAAGCACUGAAUUUAAAACUCUCUAAUCUGGCUUUGUUUAAAUCCUUGUUAGCAGAAAAAUUUAACGAUGCAAAUAGUUUGGCUAAUCAAAUAAAAAAUGCCUUUAAAUGUUUCCAAAAAUUGCCCUCUUUCAACCUUGAUUCCAGCUGUCAAAUCAUAGAUUAUUUAUCGUAUGAGGACUUGAAGAACUUCAAUAAUGCUUUGCUUGUUUAAGAGAUAAAAAGAUCUAAUUCAACUUCGUAGUGGUUUCGAAAUGGCUCCAGAGUAUAAUAAUGCAAGCUGAUAUCCGCUAGUGGUUCACUCCAAAAGAUUUUUUUUCUGAAAUAAAAAUUAAAUUUUUUAAUACAUCCACA